GUUACAGUUCUUUGGCUACUACAUCUGAGGGAGUGCAGACACUUUCUGACAGUGUUUCCGGGAAUACUUUGCAAACUGAAGUACCGCAAGUACCAUCCAAUCAAAGUACUUCCGCAAACAACGAUCCUUCAAAUGAAGAUGGGUCCAACACUUGUCCUCUUCUGUCUUUUUCUACGACAUCCGGUUUUAGAAAUGAAAGAGAAACUAUUUCUUGUGGCUUAACAACGAACCCCUGUAUAACCUGUCGACCACAUGCACUUAACCAAAACCAUGUAUUUUCCAUAGUCCAAAUGGCUGAAGAGAAUCUGAAUAAUUUGAUAUAUAGUACUAAAAGUGUACUAUCAGAAAUUCUCAAAAUUUAUGGGUUACCUGCCAACUCCCAACUGGUACAGAAACUCAGAACUAUAAAGUUUGGUUGCUUUUCAUCAAAGCUGGCAGCAGAUGAUGAGACAAGUGCUGAAGUUCAAAUCCAGGAGUUAUACAAGUCAUUUGUCAAAAGUUAUGCCUUUCUUGACAUGACGAACAAAGCCGUACGGGAAGUCGAUCCUACUUCUGAAAUUUACAAAGAGGUCGAGCAACUAAAGAUACAAAUCAGAAAAAUUAUCUGUAAAAUAGAUCUGUUAUUAAGAAACAAAGGCAACGUUAUGAAUGAUUUCCCUCUUUAUGUCAAACGGAAGGAAACUACCAUUUUUUUCCCACAAUUCAGUUUAGGCAUGAACUUGUACAUAUAUGUAAAUCAGAUACAGGAUUUUCUGGAAACUUUAGACUUUGUUCUAAGAAGCAAUUUACGAUAUCUCGUAUUUUAAAGCCUAUAGUUUUGACACAUACAGUAUAGAUGAAAUUAGCUCCGUCUGAAGCGGGCCUGGAAAUAUUUUGAACAUUUAUUAUGUAUACAGAAUGUACUUUACUCUCAGGGAUAACUGAAAAUGGCAUUAUAUGUAGUGUAUUGGUUAUUACUAUUUUAUUAUAUUACCGAUAUCAAGAAUGGUAACUUUUUGUAUUAUACAAACUUGUACACAUUCCAUAACAGUCAUCGGAUGUCAUUUGUUUUAAUUUUUACUUCAUUUUCAUGUACAUGUAUAUAUUUUUUAUUGAAUUAUAUUGAUGACAAUAUAUACCAUAUAUAUAUAUAUAUAUAUAUUAUCAUAAAUUUAUUAUUUCAUAUAAGUAUACUCAAUGACGCCUGGGUAGAGAGACAAUUGUUGAGCGUAUACUUGAAUUGUCGAUAUUUUACAUACCAAAAUACUUAUCAAAUCAGGCUAACAGUGCUACCUGGUACUGCAACCAAAAUCCAAAAUCCUUUUUAAAUAAAUGUAGAUACAAGUACGUACCAAUGUUGACACUCGACAUAUUCUAUGCAAUAUCUUACAUAUUGUUUAUAUCAUUUUGUUUUCUCGUAUUUUUACCAAAAAAAAUUGUUUUAUACAUCCUUUUACAACUUAUUGAUUAAAGCAUUAUUCAAAA